UUCCAAAUCACACACAAAAAAACAACGCGGAAGCAUCAUACGAAGCGGUCAAACGACAAACACAAGCUUUUCCAAGAAGGUAAACGAAAGGCAUUACAUUAAUAGCUAAAACUGUGGCGAUAGUUUUGUGUUUCCAUCCACGAACCUUCACUGCACCAUCAUGUCGAGUACAUCGCAAAAGCAUAGAAAUUUCGUAGCGGAACCGAUGGGCGAGAAACCCGUCACAGAUCUCGCCGGUGUGGGCGAUGUGUUGGGCAAGCGAUUGGAAGCAGCUGGCUUCGACCGAGCGUACACGGUUCUCGGGCAGUACCUUAUUCUGAAAAAAGAUGCCGAACUGUUCAAGGAGUGGAUGAAGGAUACCUGCGGAGCGAACUCGAAGCAGGCGGCCGACUGUUACCAGUGCUUGAGCGAUUGGUGUGACGAAUUCCUGUAAAUAGCUAUCAAGCAGUUGCAUUUAAGCGCAUUUUGACAAUGGAAACAAACAGAACGACGGGACGGUGGCAGGAUAUGGCUUGGUUCAUUGGCCGUGUCCCGCAAGUGUUGAAGCGCCUUUAGACCUUCACGAACGCAUGAUUCUGUUCGUGAGGCACAGCGGGCUAAUUUUGCUUCUAUGUAAUUAAAUAUGACGAAUGGAUUAUUUACCGCAAUUUAAAUAUUAACUUUAUAAAAUCUCGAUAGUGUAAGUGAAA